AUGACUCUCUUUUCAAUCAAUGGUCCCAUAAAAUGUAACAACGGAAUAAUGCCAUUUUCUACACUACCCUACAAUCAUAUUUCCCUUCCUAGAAAGCUACGUACAAAUAUUCAUAAACAUGGAAACUCUCUUUCUCCAUAUUCAUGUCAAACUUCAACUCAAAAAAAAUUGUAUUCUAGAAAGCAAAGAGGGUUAUCCCUUUUUGCCUUUGAUGCUAAGAACUCAGAACCAAUGGGAGGAGAAGAUGAUGAUGAUGAAGCCCUAGAUGCAGUUAUGAAACUUUACUCUUCGUUUAAAAAUAAAAACAUGCAAGAAUUAUCUGACAUUCUUGCAGAUGAAUGUAGAUGUGUGUGCAAUUUCUUUUCAUUCUUCCAAACUUUCCAAGGAAAAUCGCAAGUGUUGGAAUUCUUUUCCAAUAUGAUACGUUUAUUUGGUGACAACAUUCAAAUUGUGGUGAAACCAAGUCUUCAUGACGGCAUGAAUGUUGGUGUUCAUUGGAAAUUUGAAUGGAACACUAUACAUGUUCCUUUAGGGAAAGGUUUCAGCUUCCACAUAUGCCAAACUUACCGUGGAAAGGCAGUAAUAAAAAAUAUUGAAAUGUUUAUGGAGCCAUUGCUACUCUUGGAACCCUUUAUGAGAUUGAAAAUGAAGACAAACCUCAAAGAAGUCUUUUUGCUAAGUUCAUUAAGGGGAGAAUCUGGCAAUAAUGCAAGAAGAUCAAUUUUAUGCACUGUGCUAGCUGUGUUAUCUCUGGCUGCCUUAUUAUUUUUCUUCAUGAAACUAGUUUUAUAG